GCCGCAAGAAGGACUGCUUGGCCCUGUCUGUGUGCCUGGGGGGCCCGCCCUCAGUGGGCGGGGCCUGUGGAGCCAGGCUGGGGCAGGAGGCUGUUGGUAAGGAUCAGAUUGUGGGUCCUCCAUUCAGAUUCUCUUCCGUUGUCAGCCGCUCCUCAGGGGUCCCACUUCUGUUCACUCGCUGCCUUGUUCCUGUCCAGUGGUGGCAGGAGGCCAUGGCGCGGUGUGGCACGGCCAUCUGUAGAUCAGUGCGCGCACGACGGGUGCGUGCCAUGUAGCUGGGCGCAGACGUGCUCAAAUGUGUUGCGGCGGGGCCAGCAGGUGCAAGUGACCCCCUCAGGCAGCGCUGUGGGUGGCCACAGCACUGCUGCCCCCACAGAGCGAGGCUCACAGGGAUGGUGGUGGGCACCGUCCUGCUGGCCGCUGAGCUGGGGGAGCUGCUCCACUUACCGCAUAGCAAGGGGCAGCCCCACAGGCUGGGGUGUGGGGCCAGCCUGCCCUCCCCUGUGCUGGUUGGGGUAUCCGCCUCUGCUGGGGCCGUCCCCCACGCUCCUGCCCCUCUUGAGUGUUGGUCGAUGAGUGUCUGUGGCGCUGUCUCCAGCUUGCGGUGCGUUCUCCUUCUCGCUGGGAGCGAGGUAUGGUCAUGCCUCAAGCUCUCUGCUUCCCUGUUCAAUGGGUAGGACUUUGUCAGUGUCUACUUUUACCUAGUUUUCUAUGACUCAGUAAGGCGCUCAGAGAUAAAACUAUUGCAUUCGUCGUAAAAGCACUCUGGCCUAUAGACUGACCCUCAGGCUGCCCUUUUGGUUUUGUAAGGGUGGAGUGCUGGGAGGUGGCCCUUCCCUUAUCCUAGAAAUGACGUGUCUGACUCCUGCUGUGUCUGCAGUCACUUUCGGAUGCCACCUUCUUCAGGGUUAUUUCCUCUGUGGCUUGAGGAUAAAAACAAGUUAGACAGAAAGGGAGUUUUAAUCUUCAGAUAAUUAAUGCGUUAACCAUAGCUGAAGCCGGAAGAAAAGGACUAGGAGAGGGAUAGAGAUAAAAAUGCGCUUUUUGAACAGCACCAGAGAAUGCAGCAUAUUCCCAAUUAUCUUGUAUUGCUAGUGUAUGAGAUCGUUUACAUGCACAAUUAAUAUAUCGUCAAUGUGACGUACUCCCAAGGUUCGAGGGUAUGAGAAGUGUGGCAGUGGGACGCCUCAUCUUCCGGGGUUACCCACAAACCCAUGAAUGGGGUUUGUCACAUGCACUGAGUGUUAUGAGGUGAUCAUGAGACAGAGUGUUGGUAUUUUACUUGCCAGUUCAAUCAGCCAGUAGCUUAGCACGGCUAUGCCGGAACCCAGCGUGAGGUAGACGCUGUGAGACUUGGAAGUCUCAGGUGCUCUUGUUUUCUUCACCUGGCUGCAUUUGUUUCCCCGUGGUCUGCAGUGGACUAGGAAUGGAGGGAGAAGUGCUUUGCAUACUUUUCUGUUUACUGCCUUUGUGCAGUGUUUGUUAUUGCAGCAAGCAAAUGAAAUUAAGCCACUUGGGGAUAAUGAAUAUUCAGUGUAAUUCGGUUUUUCUACUUUGUCUCAUUUUGUAUCACUCUGUUGCGUUUAUAAAAUGUGGUUAUGUUUUACAGGGUAGUUUAUUUCUUUUUACGCUUUCUGACAGAAAGCGCCUUGAAAUAAAUGGAAUUUGAGAAUGUUCUGGUACUGUGUCCCUGACAGCAUGGUGUCGUGAGGUAACCCCCUAGUCUGGGUCUUUCUGAAGUGUGGGGUUAUUGCAAAGCACAUGUGGACUAACCCAUUUUGCCAUUUGAGUGUGGCAGGUUCUAGAAAAGGCAGACCCUGGCAAGGACCAAAGGCUCCAUGGCCUGGGACUAAAGCACGGUGGCCCUGUGCUUGCAUGGAGCCUGCAAACUGAGUCCGCUCAUGCCUUGGGGAGCCUGAGAUGUUCUUUCCAUCCAGUGAGGAUAUGAUCGGCAAACAUGCAGACAAAAUAUAUUGAGGACAGUUUUCCUAAGGCAAUAUAAUUGUUUUUAUUUUCUUAUUUCUGUAUGCUGCUAGUUUUGGAGAGUUGCGGAACCAGGAGUUCCAGAAAGAAUCUUACACCUUUUAUGGUAAACACGAUGGCGUCCCUGGGGUAGUGGAGCAGGUUCCCUUCUGGGCUGGUGCUGCCCAGGCUCCGUGUGAACAGAGACCAGACUGAUAGUGUCAUGCGUGGAGGGGCCUGGCUGCUUCCCUGCAGUGGAAGACGUUGAGUUGUGCACUUAGGGUCACGAGUGGUGUGGGCGCCUGCCAGACCCACCAGCUGACACAGCUACCUGUUGUCAUCAGCCUUCGGUCAUUUUUGCUUUGUUGACAUGUUUUAUCCUGAUAUACGCGUGUUACUUUUUGCAACAGGUAUGUUUUUAUCUCAGAAAUACAUUUUGUUUUCUCAGAUUUUUUGUAAAUCAUAUUGUGAACAUUAGUCAUUUGAAAUUCUGUCUAAAACCGUAGCCUGCGGUGGUUUCCUGUUCACGUCUGGCUCUGUAACCCCUCAGUCCACUGAAUACGACCCCCCAUCCGUCCCCCCAAGAUCUUCUGAGAAGUGCAGAAGGGAUAGCUUUUGCUGCCAGUUCUUAAUCUGAUAGUAAAAGUUUUCACGUUUUUCUCAGAAUGGUCAUCUGAAAGCUCUUUUUUCUUUAAUAGGAUGUUUUAAUACGAACAAGGAAUUAAAUACUAAUACUUUGUUUUUACUAAAAAGUUGGUAUGUUAGAAUUGGAAGGAUAGCAGGAAAUUAGUUUCAUGUAACUUUAUGCUUUGGUUUUGAAAUGUCCCCACUCUGACAGCACUGAUUUUUUUUAUUGUGUGUCUGUAUACCUGUGUGUGUUUAGUUUGAAAUCUGUCAUCUGUUCUCUAGAGUCCUGGCACUGACGUUCAUAAUCUAGUCUCCUUUUUGUAAAAGAAAUAGAACUUUUUGAGCUACCCACUGCAUGAUUUUAAGCCGAAUUAGAAUAGUCUAAGUAAUUUUUCUUUUCUUUUUUUCUUUUACUUGCGAAAAUUUUCUAACAUAUCAAAAAAUAGAGGGAAUACUACGUACACCCCAGACAUCCUCCACUGUCGUGAGCCAGGGCUGGAGAUGACUGCAAGAGUCUGAUCUUGUGUGGCGCCAUGCUUUCCGGCUGUUAGCGCUUCCUGCAGUUGUAGGACACUCACAAAGGACUCAGCCCGACUCUCGGCAGGGCCUGUGCGUGGCGUGUGCAGGGCCAGCGGUGUGCUGAGGCCACGCCGUGGGCCUUGUGGAGCAGGCCGCGCGCAUCUGUGCUUGUCUGGUACCAGAGAACAGAACUGCGGCCUUUCCCGUCACUGCUCCCUGCGUGGCACUGACAUGUGUGUCCUGGGUGUCAGCACGCACUUGCUGCUUACGUUCCCUCACCUUACAGGCAGCAGCGCAGUGGUUCUUCAUGGCGGUGGGUGUCACCAGGAGAGCUUGGGUGACUGCAGGACAGUUUGAGAGCUGCAGUGGGGACCACAGUUCCUCGCACCUAUGACCUGCUUGUCUUAAAUAUUCUGCCUUAAUUUUGAAAUGCCAUCUUCACUUGUGAUUUUUUUGCUUCCAUAAGAGUAGAAUACAGGGCUUGAGUGGCCCUUUGGUGUAACUAGCUGUGGCAGAAUCUUCUACGGUAGAGUGUCCUGAGCUGUUCUGCCUUUUCCAGAGGCCACGAAACAGCCCUGGCAGUAAAUCCACCUGUGCCACAGACCGGGUGACAUGGGGUGGUUGGUGUGGGGGAGGAGCUGAGGUUCAGCAUGUGGUGACCGGUAAUGAUCAUGUCCCCACACUGUGGGUGGGGGUGGUUCUUGUCUCAAGGUGUGUGUGGGUGUGACACUGUGAUUACCUGCAGCAAUUCAACGUGUCUUGGGUGGAAGGCCAGGUUUACAGGUCCCGUGUGACCUUGAUACAGAAGGAGAUUGAUCAGGUGAAGCCUGUAGACAGACCCGUUUGCACCCAGCUAUAACCGAAAAAAUUAACGAAAGAAGUAACAACUGAAGACCAGUGGAUUUUGUCGUGUGUAUCUUCCGAACGGGUGUGUUUGUAAACACGGGUCCCUGCGUGCUCCUCUGCGGGCCGUGCGUGCGACGAGCUCACCUACUGCACGCGCCUGUGGGCUGCAGACGGGCAUUUUGAGCUUUGGAGAGAGGAAGGCUUCUGGCGUGCAGUUGCUUGCCGUGCCGUGGGUGGCGGCUUGUGUGAAGAGAUGCUCUGCAUGUUGGGCUGGAAGGUGUAAGCUCAGUGACCAGGCAGGAGUGGCUGAGCCGCUGCUGCCUGAGGCGUUGCUCUCAGACCCAGUCUCCACGUGGCUGUGCCUUCUGCUACCUGGAGCACUUCGGGCUUUGCCCACACACGGUGGUCUCACUGCUGUGGAUCACGGUGUCUGUCUUGUCUGGCUGUCAUAAUUUUCCCACCUGGCUUUUGAAAGUGGAGCAAGAUGACCUGUCACCAAGGAUCGUCUGUCAUGGGGUGUCCCGGAGGAGCAGGAGAGGCGGCGGUGGCCGCCAGCCAGAAGCCAGGGGACUGGCCAGGCGCUUGUCCCUGCUGCUCCACACCUUCCUGUGCCGGGCCAGUCCUUAAUGUCUGGGCGUUCCAGUUUCAGGAAUGUUGAACGGCCGUGUUUCUGAGAUUCACACAAGGAAUUCACCAGCCCUUUGAGAAGAAUGAACUGUUCCAGAACCUUCCAGAGUUACUCUCUGUGUAGAGCCCACAUUGCACUCCAUUUGUUGUGUCGUGAAGUUCCAUCUUUCUGGUUUCUGGUGAAAUCUCACACAGUUCUUUGUCCUGUUUUUGCCGACCAUUCAGUGUUGACUCAGCUCCAGAGGUGAACCCCAGUCUCUGCAGAUGUCCCGACGCAGUGACUGUGGGGAGAUGUAACGGCCCUCGCAGUGAACUGAAGUUAGACAGGACACAGCCCUCCAGGAGUGACGACCUGUGGGUGCUGGUGUGACAGCUGUCACCAGGAUCACCCUCCAUCCUUGAAAACCCACGUGUUAACCGUCUGCUGUCAUCCUCUCCGUCCUGAACAUCAAAUAUGGAUGAUGGAAGGUCGGCCUUGCUUUUAGAUGCCGAUGCCCUUUUAAUGUCUGCUCAGCAAGCCUAGGGGAGCUAGGUGCGGGAAGACUGGGCAGGUACAGAGAGGGUGGAGGGUAAGUUUGGGUUGUUCUAAGCGCACUCCCAAGCCUUCAGCACAGCAUGAUGUCUGCUUUGUGGAAGAUGGCUUUCCGGAGGUGUGCGGGUGGGGUGAGGGUGUCUGAGGAGGAGGCCCCUGGGAGAGGUAGGAUGUGCCCUGAAGUUCUUGAGCUGACAUCCAUAGCUGGAGAUACCCCACAGGGGGCACCCCCACCCCUCCCCCAGCCCAGAGCACAGCAUGUGGUCUGUGCUCAGAACACCUUUGCCAGUGAGCCUAGGGGCCAAUGACAACCUUCAUCGCCUGUCAGCGAGCAUCUGUUGCGUGGACACAGGCCAGCGUCUGAAGAACCAUCCCUCCCAGGCCUGGCUCACGGUCCCAGGAGUGGAACCUGUCCCCAAAGAGCCAUUUAAGAACCGGUUCCUGUGGGUUUUCACUGCCUUUGCACUCAGUAGAGAGGCCGUUGCUAAUUUCCAUUUGACCAGUAUACAACCCAGUGAGUUCCCGAACACCAUCACCCCUUAUUUCAGGGACCGGAAUCCCCCCUCGGCUCCCUGCCCUGUGCAGGAUCCCUGGCACGCACCUCUGGGGCCAGGUCCCCCCCACCUCCCCGGGCUGUCUCCGAAGCCUCCGUGCCAACCUCAGGCUGCAUCUGACCUCCCCUGGUGGACGGACGUGGGCCGGGCAGGGUGGGGCGGGGACCCAAUGGCAUGCCCCGCCCCGCGCUCCCGCCCUGGUGGCCGUCUGGGGGCGACACGUCCUGGGAGCGCCAAACGGAAGCGCUGCUGGAACUGACACGUGGACUUGGGCGGUGCUGCCUGGCUGGGUCGGCCUGGCCGGGAGUUGGGAGGGCCUGCUAGGCAUUAGGACAUGCUGUGCCCACGUCCUAGUGCCCCAAGCCUGAUGCAGCCGCCCCUAGACGAGGCCCGCAGGGACACGGCUGAGGACACCCAGUGGUCCAGGCCCGAGUGCCAGGCGUGGACAGCGGCCCUGCUGCUGGGCACCUGCCUGCUCUACUGCGCCCGCGCCAGCCUGCCCAUGUGCACCGUCGCCAUGAGCCAGGACUUCGGCUGGAACAAGAAGGAGGCCGGCGUCGUGCUCAGCAGCUUCUUCUGGGGCUACUGCCUGACGCAGGUCGUGGGCGGCCACCUCGGGGACCGGAUUGGGGGUGAGAAGGUCAUUGUGCUAUCAGCCUCGGCCUGGGGCUCCAUCACGGCUGCCACGCCCCUGCUCGAGCACCUGGGUGGUGCCCACCUGGUCUGCAUGACCUUGUCUCGAGUCCUCAUGGGCCUGCUCCAAGGCGUUCACUUCCCUGCCCUGACCAGCCUGCUGUCGCGGAAGGUGCGGGAGAGCGAGCGGGCCUUCACGUACAGCACCGUGGGCGCCGGCUCCCAGGUGGGGACGCUGCUGACCGGGGUGGUGGGCUCCGCGCUCCUGGAGUGGCACAGCUGGCAGAGCGUCUUCUACUUCUCGGGCGGCCUCACCCUGCUCUGGGCGUGGUGCGUCCACAGGUACCUGCUGAGAGAAAAAGACCUCGUCCUGGCCUUGGGCGUCCUGGCUCGGGGCCUGCCAGUGUCCAGGCACAGCAAGGUCCCCUGGAGGCAGCUCUUCCGGAAGCCGUCCGUCUGGGCGGCCGUCUUCUCCCAGCUCUGCUCUGCCUGCUCCUUCUUCACCCUGCUGUCCUGGCUGCCCACCUUCUUCCAGGAGACCUUCCCGCAGGCCAAGGGCUGGGUCUUCAACGUGGUGCCCUGGCUGGUGGCCAUUCCGGCCAGCGUGUUCAGUGGGUUCCUCUCUGACCACCUCGUCUGUCAGGGUUACAGACCCGUCACGGUGCGGAAGUUCAUGCAGGUGAUGGGCCUUGGCCUGUCUGGCAUUUUCGCCCUGUGUCUGGGCCACACCUCGAACUUCCUCCAAUCCGUGGUCUUUGCCUCGGCCUCCAUUGGCCUCCAGACCUUCAACCACAGCGGCAUUUCCGUGAACAUUCAGGACUUGGCCCCAUCCUGCGCUGGUUUUCUGUUUGGUGUGGCCAACACAGCAGGCGCCGUGGCAGGUGUCGUGGGCGUGUGUCUGGGCGGCUACCUGAUCGAGACCACGGGCUCCUGGACUUACCUGUUCAACCUGGUGGCCAUCACCAGCAACCUGGGGCUCUGCACCUUCCUGGUGUUCGGGCAGGCCCAGCGGGUGGACCUGAGCCCCACCCACGAGGACCUGUAGCUCCUGACCCGCCACCUUCCGAGGACCCGGCUCCAGCAGCCCCGGGACAAAGGCUCCAUUGCAGGCGUGGAAUAGAGGCACCGGAG